GCAUUGUAGAAAACCAACUGAGCCCAGCAAAGAAUGCUCAAACCGUGAUCGGAUAAGAGGCUACACUCGGACCUACACCUCCAAGGCAUCAACUCAGCGCGGACAACCUUGCCGUUCUCUUUCUUUAGUCCCAUAUAAGUUCGGCACCAUGGUGCGCGUUAACGUACUCAAUGAUUGCCUGAAAUCAAUUUGCAAUGCUGAGAAACGUGGGAAACGACAGGUCUUGAUUAGGCCCUCCUCAAAGGUCAUCAUCAAGUUCCUCACUGUAAUGAUGAAACAUGGAUACAUUGGUGAAUUUGAGGUUAUCGAUGAUCAUCGUGGUGGAAAAAUUGUUGUAAAUCUGAAUGGAAGAAUCAACAAAUGUGGUGUAAUCAGUCCAAGAUUUGAUGUCAAAUUAAAAGACAUUGAAAAGUGGGCAAGUUACCUUAUGCCUUCUCGACAGUUUGGAUUUAUGGUAUUAACAACAUCGAGUGGCAUUAUGGACCAUGAAGAAGCAAGAAGAAAACAAACUGGAGGAAAAAUCCUAGGUUACUUCUACUAAAAGAAUGUAUAUAAAAUGGUGAAAGUUGAAA